UCCACUGUCAUCGCCAUGAACACCGUCUUUGCCCUUUUCCUUUGUGUGGCCGCCUUGCUUGGGUCAGGCAUUCAAGGAAUCCUGACCAGUGGGAAGGGACGUUGCCUCUGCCCAUCCGCGGGAUCUAAUUUUGUCCCCAGGAAACCUUUGGAGAAAGUGGAAAUGUACACAGCGAACGCUUCCUGUGAUCGUGCGGAGAUCAUUGUUACACUGAAGACCUCUGGAGAGCGGCAGUGUCUGAAUCCAGAUUCUAGAGCAGUGCAAGCAAUGUUGGCAAGGAUUGCGCAAAACAGGGCUUCAGGAAACGCUGGCAGGAAAAGAGGAAUGGCUGGUAGGCGCUCCCCGCAGUAG